GUUGCCGCAUGCCCAGCCUCCCACAGCUUUGCCCAUGUUAGCGCUGCCAAGCACGCAGCCGAGCGAGCAGCCGCACAAGCGGCGAGCUGCACCCAAGGUAGACGAGCGCGGCGCGUACCAGCGGGCGCAGCUCCUAUGCUGGCUAGCCAGGCUUAGAUAUUUACACUCGGCUUGCUGCCAUCCGUUGCUUCAAGCUGCUUGCCUCUCUACCUGGGGCGGCUUAAGCGCAACCAGCCCCGAUCGCUUGCUCGCGCAUUUCCACGGCAGCUUACGGCACGAGGUAGCGCCGGCGUCGCCAGAGGGCCCGCUACUGCUGCGGGCGUGCCUCUGUGCACAGCAGCGCCAGGGCAGGCCCCUGGAGCUGGCGCUGUGCUUCGUGGCGCUCUGCCGGGCGCUGCAGCUCCCCAGCCGCCUGGUCCUCGCCUUCGACUUGGGGCAGCCCGCCAAGCUGCCCCGCAAGAGCCGGGAAGGGGUCGACGUGGAGGCAGAGCCAUCGCACCCUCCGGAGGCAGAUGACAUCCUUCAGGUCUUGGAAGGAGAGGAGCGACGGGAUGCCCAGCGAUUGAUCGAGAUGGGCUUUGAGCCAGAGAAGGUCAUCAUGGCGAUUCUGCAGGCCGAGGAUGCUAGCGAGCGCUUCGACCGAGCACUGACCUUGCUCACAGAGCAGGAGGCCGCUUCAGGCGCACGAGGGAGCCGAGCGAAGCCGGAGUCCAAGGCCACAUGCAGCUGUGGGGCCGCGUCAAAGGGCCCCUUCUGCGGCGGCUGCGGAAAGCGCUUGCGAGGAGGCGGCGCCAAAGGUGCUGCUGACACGCCUGUGGUGCUGGUGGAUGACGAUGAUGAUCUGCUUGUCAAAGCCUGGCCCGAGAUCUUCGACCCAAAGACACAGCUGUGGGUGGCUGUGGAUGUUGCAUUCGGAGACAUUGUGAGGCACCCCGUGGUGGAGUGGCCGCACCGCGGCACUCCCAUGCUCUGGAUUUGUGCCGCUGGAGAAGGCUUCUUCCUGCGCGACGUGACGCCCCGCUACUCUCCGCGGUGGUGGGAGGUGGAACUGGCUCGGGGCGGCAGGGCGCUACAGACUUGGUGGUCCGAGCUCUUGCAUCGCGGCUGCUGUGAAGAAAGCGAGCCUGAAUCGCGGCUCUUGCUGCACGACGAGGCUGAGGCCUAUGACGAGGCCUUCCUGCAGCAGCGGCGCCUGACUGGUGUUCCGCGAAGCAAGGCGGCGUUGCGGCACCACGAGGUCUACUGCUUGGCGCCCAAGGGUCUGCGGGAGGCGCUGCGGCCCAAGUCGCAGCCCGUGGCCACGGUGGAAGCGCAGAGCGUCUUCCUGCGCAAGGACGUGGCGCGGCUGCGCACUCCGCUGGAGUGGAAGCGUUUGGGCCGACAGCUCCGAGAGGGCGAGAAGCCUGUUCGGCACCUACCCGUCAAGGGUGCGGAUACCAAUGAGUUCGCCAUUGUGGCGCCUGGUGCACUGAACAAAGUGAAGGCACCCCGGGCCUUGUACGGCGACUGGCAGACCAUGCCCAUGGAGGCCAAGUCCAAAGCAAUGCCGCGGAAAGCCAAGGCGAAGGCCAAGGCGAAGCCGGGCCUUUUGAAGCUGCCAGCUCCACCGCGCAAGAGGAAGCUGCCGCAAGUACGUCUCAAGGGCUUUGAUGCCUUCGUCAAAAGCUUGCGAUCCUUUGUGCAGGGCCGUGGCUGCAUGCCGUGGGACAAGAGCAGCGACAAGGAGGAGAGGUCAUUGGCGUCUUCGAUUCUCAAAGCUCAGAAGGCCUACGGAAAGCGGACGUUGGUUGAGGACCAAGCCUCCGUUCUGGAGGGUUUGGAAGGGUGGACUUGGGGCGAAGCUGGACAAAGAGAGGCUGAAGCUCCUGCGACACCCACGGACGCGGCAGCUGGCAGCAACCCACCUGAAAACAACGAGGACGAGGCCGGGGCCCAGUGGUGCCAGCACGUGCUGAAGCGGCUGCAGCGGCAGCUGGGGCAGCUGGCCGUGGCGGAGCGGCGCAAGGCGCUGCGCCAGUGGCAGCGGGCCUACCAUCCCGACAAGAACCCAGGCAGAGCCAAUGAAGUUCUACCGAUCUUCCGCUUCGUUCAGGACAGAUGGGACCAAGAGUUCCGCAGUUCUGAGCUUCCCAGUAGUGCGCCCAGCGCGCCUAGUGCGCCCAGCGCGCCUAGCGCCCCUUGCGCGCCCGGUGACGAGAGCGCGGCGAGCGCACCGGCGCCAAAGCGCCGACUGCGAGGCAAGACGAAGCUGUGAGCCGAGACAAGUUGCGGC